AUGUCUUACGACCCCGAAAAUCUGCAAGCAGUUACUGAAGAAAAGGAAAUAAACAAUAUAGAAGAGUUAUCCGAUUCGUCCGAUUCAUCCGAUUCGUCAUUCGAUUCGUCGUCUAUUGAUUCCUAUGAUUCUGUUGAUUCCUAUGAUGAUGGUCUUCUUCCUUUACGCACUAAAAAUGAAAUAAUUGAUUUAGUAAUAUCUAAACCAGAAAUUGACCUUAAACCUGACACAAAUUUAAAACUAAUUGGAACAAUACUUCAUAUUGUGGAAAAUUAUGUGGUUAUUAAAUCAAUCAAUUCUGGUGAAAAUCAAGUUUUGGAUUCUGAUACUGUCUUACUACUUGAAGGCCCCGAGGUUUUUGGGACCAUCUUUGAAACUAUAGGCCCAGUUAGUCAACCUUUAUACGUAGUUCGUUUCAAUAAUGAAAACGAAUUCAAUAAAGAAAAAACUGUGGAAGGCGCUAAUGUAUAUGCUGCAGAUGGAUAUAUUCACUAUGCAUUCCCUGACCAAAUUCGUCAGUUUAAAGGAUGUGACGCUAGUAAUAUUAACGACGAAGAAGUUGAUGAAAAUGAACGUGAUUUUUCGGAUGAUGAACAAGAAAUACGGCAUAAAAAAACUCUUAGGCAAGAAAAUACCAUGGAACAUGGUGAAUUAGAAAACUCAAAGCAGAUUGGUAAACGCGCGUUUCGUAGUGAUACAAACUCCAAUUUUGUCGCAAAUGGAGCUAAUAAUAACACUCGAAGACGAAGUAGCCAUAGAGGUGGUAGAGGUAGAGGUGCAGGUCCUCGACAACAACCACGACAUCCUGAUGACCCUUUUGGAUAUAAUAUUCUACCUAGACCGAAAAACUUUUUACCACCUCCCUCAUAG